UAAUGAGUUGUAAUUUAAGUUUGGAAAGAGUAGUGAUGAUGUUAAGAUCGGAGAAGGCGUGUUAAAACGCGAAAACCACACAAGUGAAGCAAGUAAUUGCAUUAAAGAGAAAAAUUGUAAAAUAGUGAAAAUAUUGUUUGGGAAAACAAAUAGCCAAUUUGUGUUAAUUUGAUUCGAUAUUCAUUACUUGACGCUGCUCAAGAUAAGUUUCGCGAAAAUCUAAUCGUGGAAGGAGUCGAAGAAAUUAAAUUUGCAAGGAUUGAUAUUGUAAAUAAUAUAAAAGUACAACGAUUGAAGUUAUCAGAAGAAUGAAAUAGUUGAAAAUCAAAAUAUAAACUAUAACCUAUCUGUUUUUAACUCGCUAUUGUUUUAAGUUGUCGUUUUUGGAACCGCGUGACUAUCGAUGCAUCGAAGCUGUGCUGUUCAAAUGUGAAAAAUCUGACAAAACGGCAUUUUUACACAAGUGGUUAGCAACAAAAGUGUGAGAAACCAUUAACAAUAGUUGGGUACGUUUAAACUACACCAUAUAAACAACUGAAAUAGAAAAUAAUUUAUCAAAAAAAAAAAACAAAAAAAAAAAAAAAAUCGAAAAAUAUAAGUGCAAAAUCGUAACAAAUAUCAAUACUUGGUAUCGGCUUCUGCGAUUAUAGCCCAAGCAACGUUAAACCUUGUGUGGUUAAAGAGCUGUGAAAGAUCGGUGCGGAUUUGGAAAGCAGGAACAUUACUCUUUGAUACGUUAGAUUAAGCUUUAAAAGAAAGUUCAAAUAACAGAGCGUUUUCUUUGGUUUAACUCAGUUUUAAAAUUCACCUAUUAAAUUUAAAGGCAGUUGUAAGUGAAAAAAGAUCAAAAAAGAAGGCAAUUCGGGGUGUCCACGUUUCUAAUACCGAAAACUCAAAUGUAGCGCAUAGUGCAGGCAACUUUCUGUAAUUUUGAAAAUUAAACAUAUCUAAACGAAAGUAAGUUUUCCAUAUUCCGUAAAGUGGGUAGAAAGAAAAAUUCUUGAAAUUUUUCCAUUCGACGAAAAUUAAGGAAAAUCGUUAAUUGCCAGCCAUUGUGCGUUCGUAUACAAAACAACUACAUAUGUAUAAGAAACGACACACCACGAAUCGCAGACAUAACUGGAAUUUAGUACACGAUAGAGUGAGAGCAAUAGAACCAUUUGUGAGUUUACAAAAAAAACAAACACGAAUACGCUCCACAAAGUGAAAAUAUUGCAGUGCAACAGCCAAAUAGAAAAGUGCGGUGGAAAGGUUUACAAAACGAAAAGACCACUCAUAGAUGUACCGCCAUAACCAUCCACGAAGCGAAGGAUCAUACAGAAGGACUAGAAUACGAAGGAGAAGCGUAAGCUAAUGAGUAAAGUAGCUAAAGAAAGCUUAAAACAAAAAGAAAAAUCAACAGACUGAUUAACAAUAUAAAACAAAAUUAUAUAUAUAAAAUAUAUGUAUAUGUUUAUACAUAGUAAUAUAUAUAAAUAAUUAUAUGUAUGUACAUGUAAAUAAGGAAGAAAUCACAAAAGAGGAUAACAAAACAUAAGUAAGCAAAGAUAGAAAAGCAGGCAAGAAGAUAGUAGAGCAGCAGAAAGGAUUGUAAGUUUUAAGCGAAAAAGGGGAACGAGAGUGCUUACGGAACCGAAAGCAGCAGGUAGAAGUGGUAAUCACGACGAAAGUGCCGGCCGCACUCCGCUCCGAUUUAUUACUUAAGCGAGCAAUAGUUGCAAGACAUCAUCAAUAGCAGAUUGAGUGUGGUAGAGGAAGUACGUACAGAACGUCUGAGAAGGAUCCCUCACUAAGUAAACUGAAGAGCCAAGAAGGAUAAAACGCAAAUUACCGUUGAUUUUAUUGUGUGUGAUAUUUAAAAAUUAAGCAUUAAUAUAAACGCUAAUCAUUGAAAAGCUAAGCGGAGUGCGCAUAUUAAAAUAAAAUACCAAGAAGACGAGCAUCAAUAAAAAGGUUAGAGUUAAACUAAACACUGGAAAUCACAACAAAUACGUUCAGCUGUAGCGGGAAGAAGCAGAUCAAGCAGAGGAAGCUGAAUAUAAAACUUUAACUAUGACAUACUCGCACAAUAGCGUUAGUAAUAAUUUAAAAAUGACAACAACCGCAGCAGCAGCAGCAACGACAAUUCGUUUAAAAAAAGUGUCGAAUGUUGGUGGAAGCGGUGGAGGUGGUUUUUGUGGCAAUGGCGGCCGCAACUCUCCGCCAUUAAUAACGCCAACCGUAACUGCACAUUCCAACAGUAUUGCCAGCAGUACAAAUUAUCAAUACGAUUACCAACAACAGCACGUGCUGAGUUCUUCGCCGCCUGGUUGUCCCAUGUCGUCAGGAGCGUCGACGUCAUCGAAUUGUAGCGAUUCGUCGUUGGGCUCUAGUGGCUUUGGUGGCAAUUUUUCGUCGCGACAACGGAAGCAGCAACAGCGGAAACAACAACAACAACAACAGCAGCAGCAAAGUGGCUCUCCCCAGCCGACAAGCGGCAGUGAUAGUGGCGUGUUCUUUAGUAAUAAUCAUAAUUACCAGUCGCAUUAUGGCGGCAGACGUGGCGCUAGCGGCCACAAGCAACGCGAGGGUCAGAGGUCGCCCAACGCACAGCAGCAGCUGCUGCAGCAGCCAACAGCCCGUCAAUCACCAGCUGUAAUAUUGGGUGGCGGUGGAAACCCGGUGGUAAUUAAUAGCAACGGCGGCAGCGCCAGUCGAAAGCAACGCGCAAAAUUUGCUAUGAACAAUAGCCCCUUAUUCGGUAAGGUCUCGCCAACUCAAAUGCUGAUGCCGACUGCGUUGACGCAUUUCGCUGGGAGUAAAUGCUUUGAUGCACCGGCGCCCACAGCGCUACCCAAACCGCCGCAACAUUGGACGCUAACCAAAGCUGAACUGAAGGCGGCCAGCAGCGCUGGACCCGGCCUGCACAGUGUGACGACAGCACGCAAUCCAGCACUGGCAGCAGAUGCACACACCUGUGGCGGCCACGUCGUUAAGCAUUCGAAGCGCAACUUGCUCGACGAUUUCGAUACGCACAAUUUAAAGUUGCUCCUAAAUGUGCAAUCGUAACCACUACGCAUGCCAAAUAGUCCACGAACAAUUUAAAUCACCAUUAACUAGCAAACAUCAAAAAAUAGAACAACAACAAUAUAGUAAAUAUCUCAGUUAUGAAACACACCUAUGCAA